UCCACGCAUGUUCUGGGGCUGUGUUAAUCUAAAGCAGCUGUCCAUGUCCUACAACAGUUUCUAUAACGUUAACGAUACGAUGAUGGAAGAAUUGUUUACCCCAUUAAAUCAACUAACGUCCCUUGAUAUGGGACGUUGUGGUAUCCAUAGUAUACCCAAAGUCGUGACUAAACAUUUGACAAAACUGAAGUGGUUAAGUCUGUUCAAGAAUUACAUAAAAUCGUGGUCACCGGGUACGUUUGAUUCUAUGACUUCACUUGCCGAAUUGUAUCUAAUGGGCAAUAAGAUUGGAAAUAUAAAAGAAGAUUCAUUUCCUAUAGAGAUUCGACAACAUCUAAAACACAUUAAUCUGGCGGAAAAUCCAUUUACUUGUACCUGCGACCUCUUGUGGUUUCUUAACUGGUUUAAGACGAACAGGACAAUUUUCAAGCAGUACGACCAUUCGUAUAGAUGUUCUUCACCAUUGUCGUCUAGAAGCAUAGAGCUGAUUCACAUACACUUAUCACAACAGAAAUGUUUGAUCGGGGUGAUGACAACUUUUGUAAUUGUUGCUGUAGCAUCUUCUGGCGUGUUCCUAACUAUUAUCAUUUCUGUACUUUACCGAAAACGCUGGUCACUGAAACAUUAUUGGUAUAUGAGAGGUCAUAGAGAGAGACGCCAAGAGGAGAUAGACCGAGCCUAUAUGUACGAUAUUUACAUUAUCUACAGUAAAGACGAUCUUGGUUGGAUUACACAGGAAAUGCUUCCGUUUCUUGAAGACACCAAAGGAUUAAAACUUUGUAUCCAGCAACGAGAUUUUACGCUAGGAAGAGCGAUGGUGGACUGCAUAGUAGAAGCAGUGCAUUGCAGUCGCGGUUUCAUUUUGGUGGCAUCCAACACGUUUGUCAAGGAAGAAUGGUGCCAGUUUCAACUGCAAUUAGCUCACAAGCACAACCAGGAUCGCGACCUUGACCUCUUGUUGGUAAUUCUUUUGGAGGAAGUGGAUCAACGCCAUAUGACCCCUGAACUAUACGCUGUACUCAAAACAAAAGACUAUAUUUGUUGGCCGACAGCUAACGAUGAUAGAGUCACAUUUUGGGAAGAUCUUUACCAGGAAAUCACCCAUUGAUCUUAGAUAGGAAACAAAGGCUUCUAAAGUUCAUGCCCAAGACUGUGUUGGUGAAUUUUAGUCCUGACGAUGCCUUUUGCGUAGAUAGGGUGGAUAUCCUCACCCCAAUAACACAGCUUUCCCCAUGAUCUUUUAUAUUUUCUUCUGGCCCCAAAGACACGACAAUGUGGGGGUUUUCCCCAGUAUAAAUGCACCCUAUAUAUAAACUGGCUUCACCAGUUACUGAUACAAAAUCACUCUACCAAUAUUGAACUUCACAGACUUUAAGCUAAUUCACACCAUGUUUCAUUAUGUAGAUUUAAAGAUGAUUGUACAUGUAGCAUUUUGUGUUAAAUUUUCUGGAGAUGAGAGGUGGG